GGCCGCAGCCGGCGCCGAGGGCGGCCGAAAAGGACCUGCCCAGCCGGCUGCCCCAUGCCCUGCCUCUCUCAGCAGCCCGGCCAGCCGGGAUGGAUGCUCUCUGCCGCCCAGCUCCCCUUCGCCCUGCGCAUGCCCUGGAGCAGAAAGUUUGGGGGCCGGGGGCUGUUUUCCUCCUCGCGCUCCAAUGACUGCCCAAGGACUCCUGCUGCCCAGUCUCUACUGUGACCUGCCUCGGCUCCCCAGGUGGUAACGAACUCUUCUAAGCUGUAACCAAGGCUCCCCCUCCUCGCCCCUCCCUCACCCUCCUUUAAAAAUAUUUAUUUUUUAAUUCAAGAAAUUGUGAUCCGCCGACUCCUCGAUCAUAAUUUAGAUCCCGGGCCUCGUUUCUGAGUGUAAGAGGGGGUGCGGUCUAGCUCAAGACGGCGCGCUGGAAGGACAGAUUCCCCUUGCCGACCCACAUACACCAUGAAGAGGUGCAAAUCGGACGAGCUGCAGCAACAGCAGGGCGAGGAGGAUGGAGCUGGGCUGGAAGAUGUCGCUUGCCACCUGCCGGGCGCAGACCUCCGGCCUGGGGAGGCCGCGGGUGCUAACUCCGCUGGCGGGCCAACUUCAGAUGUGGGCGCUGCCGCGGCGCCCAACCCAGGUCCUCGAAGCAAGCCUCCUGAUUUAAAGAAAAUCCAGCAGCUCUCAGAGGGCUCCAUGUUUGGCCACGGCCUGAAGCACCUGUUCCACAGCCGCCGCCGGUCGCGGGAGAGGGAGCACCAGACGUCUCAGGAUUCCCAGCCGCAGCAGCAUCAGGGCAUGUCUGACCAUGACUCCCCGGAUGAGAAGGAGCGCUCCCCGGAGAUGCACCGCGUCUCCUACGCCAUGUCCCUGCACGACCUGCCCGCCCGGCCGACCGCCUUCAACCGCGUGCUGCAGCAGAUCCGCUCCCGGCCCUCCAUCAAGCGGGGUGCCAGCCUGCACAGCAGCAGCGGGGGCGGCAGUGGUGGGGGCAGCAGCCGGCGCACCAAGAGCAGCUCCCUGGAGCCCCAGCGCGGCAGCCCUCACCUGCUGCGCAAGACCCCCCAGGACAGCAGCCUGGCCGCCAUCCUGCACCAGCACCAGUGCCGCCCCCGCUCCUCUUCCACCACCGACACGGCCCUGCUGCUAGCUGAUGGUGGCAACGUGUACCUCUUGGCUGAGGAGGCCGAGGGUGUUGGCGACAAGGUCGACAAGGGAGACCUCGUGGCCCUGAGCCUCCCUGGUGGCCCGGGCCAUAGUGACACUGACGGCCCAAUCAGCCUGGACGUGCCGGACGGGGCCCCGGACCCCCAGCGGACCAAGGCCGCCAUUGACCACCUGCACCAGAAGAUCCUGAAGAUCACCGAGCAGAUCAAGAUCGAGCAGGAGGCGCGGGAUGACAACGUGGCAGAGUACCUGAAGCUGGCCAACAACGCCGACAAGCAACAGGUGUCACGCAUCAAGCAGGUGUUCGAGAAGAAGAACCAGAAGUCCGCCCAGACCAUCGCCCAGCUGCACAAGAAGCUGGAGCACUACCGCCGGCGCCUGAAGGAGAUCGAGCAGAACGGGCCCUCGAGGCAGCCCAAGGAUGUGCUGCGGGACAUGCAGCAGGGGCUGAAGGACGUGGGCGCCAACAUGCGCGCAGGCAUCAGUGGCUUUGGGGGCGGUGUGGUGGAGGGUGUCAAGGGCAGCCUCUCGGGCCUCUCGCAGGCCACCCACACCGCCGUGGUGUCCAAGCCCCGGGAGUUUGCCAGCCUCAUCCGCAACAAGUUUGGCAGCGCCGACAACAUUGCCCACCUGAAGGACCCUCUGGAGGACGGGCCCCCUGAGGAGGUGGCCCGGGCGCUGAGCGGCAGCGCCACACUCGUGUCCAGCCCUAAGUAUGGCAGCGACGACGAGUGCUCCAGUGCCAGUGCCAGCUCGGCCGGGGCGGGCAGCAACUCCGGGGCCGGGCCCGCCGGGGCACUGGGGAGCCCCAAGUCGAACACGCUGUAUGGGGCCUCUGGCAACCUGGACGCUCUGCUGGAAGAGCUACGGGAGAUCAAGGAGGGCCAGUCCCACCUGGAGGACUCGAUGGAGGACCUGAAGGCUCAGCUGCAGAGGGACUACACCUGCAUGACCCAGUGCCUGCAGGAGGAGCGCUACAGGUACGAGCGGCUGGAGGAGCAGCUCAACGACCUGACCGAGCUGCAUCAGAAUGAGAUGAGCAACCUGAAGCAGGAGCUGGCCAGCAUGGAGGAGAAGGUGGCCUACCAGUCCUACGAGAGGGCCCGGGACAUCCAGGAGGCCGUGGAGUCCUGCCUGACCCGGGUCACCAAGCUGGAGUUGCAGCAGCAACAGCAGCAGGUGGUGCAGCUGGAGGGCGUGGAGAAUGCCAAUGCGCGGGCGCUGCUGGGCAAGUUCAUCAACGUGAUCCUGGCGCUCAUGGCCGUGCUGCUGGUGUUCGUGUCCACCAUCGCCAACUUCAUCACGCCCCUCAUGAAGACACGCCUGCGCAUCACCAGCACCGCCCUCCUGGUCCUCGUCCUCUUCCUCCUCUGGAAGCACUGGGACUCCCUCACCUACCUCCUGGAGCACGUACUGCUGCCCAGCUGAGUGGCCGGCCUGCCCCUACCCUGUGCUCUCCCCGGCCCCCGGCUGGCCAUGCUUCCCUAGGAGGGGCCCUGGGACUCCCGAGUCCCUUGGACUUCUUCAUGUGUCCGGUUUGGCCUCCUGCUCAAACUGUCCAUUCUAGCAGCUCCUGCCCCCUUCUCUGUUCUUGCCUCUGUCUGACUCCUUCUCCCUGUUGGCCUGAAGGGAGCCUCAUGUGCAGUCUUGGCUGGAGGCGGUGGGGACAUCUGUGGCCAAAUGGAGCAGAGGAGGACACCGAGAUGGACUGUUUUGAUUAUUUACAGUCUCAUAAGGACUUCGCCCAGCCCAUUCAGGUGCCGCGGGUCGAGAAGGCCAAUGAGUACGGAAGCAGGAGAGGGCCGUGCCUUAGCUUUCCUAGGGAAGGGCCCACACUGGAG